AUGCCGACAUACAAGAACAGCCAGGAAUGGCUGCAGCAGUCAUCGCUGCUCCUCCAAGCUCGUCCAGCAACCGUGAGGCCCUUCCCCUGCUCUACAUUUCAAGUCUUGCAGACAGCCCCGACUAACCCGUGUGGCGUUGCGCGACCAUCGACCGCACAGACUAGAAUCACAACCAAAUACUCGAUAAAGGACGUCAAGCCUAGAAAAUCAAAGGCGGACGGCGAGCAGGACAGCACGAUGCCCGACGCGGUGACCGCCAAGCCACCAAGGGGCAGCCUCGAGAUCAAGACAUACGACCCCGUCAGCGGUGUCGCGCUCAAGUACAGGACGACCAAGGCUGCUGAAGUCACACGUCUCAUCAAUUUGCUGGGCUCCCUGGGCCGCACCAUGGCGACAUCCAAGGCCCCCGCGGAGGUCAAGGAUGAAGCCGUGGCUGAUACUCCUGCUGAGGAGAAGGGCGUGGGCGCGGCUGAGUUGAAGAGUGGCGCGCAGGAGAAGCCUCAACAAGCUGCGGGUGGCAGUGGUGGAAAGAAGAAGAAGAAGGGCAAGAAAUAA